CAGUCCUUAUCUAUGCUCAGCAAUAGGAUUGUGCAGCAGCAGGGGAAAGCAGAGUCAGGAAGACUUCCCAUCCGCUUCCCCUGCUGCGUGUUGGCUGUCAAUGAGAAACUAAAGGGGGGGGGGGGGGGGGGGGGGGGGAAAUGUGCUAUUUCUUGUUUGCCACCCAAUGGUUUUCUUCCCUUUGACCUCUCUUUGGCUCCCCCCAGGAUGUUCCCAGCACCAAAAUCCUGCUGGGGGAGGAAGGAAAACAAGGCGGUGUGAGAAAGCUUAGCACACACGGAAAAAAAAAAGCAAAGCAGAUAGAAAAAUCGCUAAAAAAAUUAAACAUAUAUAUAGAUAGAUAGAUAUAAAAAAUGAGAAAGCAGGCUCAGAGAGAGCUCAACCUCCACCCUGAUCCCAAUACCUCGAGGUUAGGGAUGAUGCCCGGCGCACGCAUGGGGCGUUAUCCCAACGGGGCGUUGCAUUCAGGGAAAUAUUUAACCACGUCGGCGUCAUCGUGUGGGGCAGGCAGUGCAGGCAUGGAGGGCAGUGAGUGCCUACAGCUGCUGCUUCGCCGCUGUCGUGAGGCCAAAGAUUGUGCUUACUGCCCCUACAGCCGUUUCCCCGUGGGCGCCGCGCUGCUCACCGCCGGUGGGGAGAUAUUCUCCGGGUGCAACGUGGAGAAUGCCUGCUACAGCCUUGGGGUGUGUGCUGAGCGCACUGCCAUCCAGAAAGCCAUCUCUGAGGGGCACACAAGAUUCAGGGCCAUGGCCAUUGCCAGUGACAUGGCAGACUUCAUCACGCCUUGCGGAGCCUGCAGACAGGUGAUGAGAGAGUUUGGCACAGAUUGGGACCUCUACCUGACCAAACCCGAUGGCACCUACAUUGUGAAGACACUACAGGAGCUCCUGCCACUCUCCUUUGGCCCUGAGGACCUGCAAAAGGCAUGAACUGCACACCUGCAUUUCCCUUUCUGUGCUGGGGGUGAUGGAUUAUCCCCCCAACUUUCCCUUUAUGCACAUGGCUCCAUGGGGACAAUGCCACGUGAAAGGGUUUGCUGCAUGGAUGCUGCCUGGAUCCAAGGCUGCAAAACUGGGGACAAAAAGCAAUUUCAGCUCAAAGUCCCCAACAUUACCCACCAGCCACCAUUUGUGCACAGGCAGCUCGGUGUUCAGUGGGCUGUCACUGUGGUGCCACUGCUCCUUUUUGCCUAUUAUUUUCUUUUCUUUUUUUUUUGCUUGCUUCUGUGAGGACAAAUUGGAAUUCAGGAGAGGUUGUUCACUGAUUGUCCUGGCAAUUAAAUUAUGUGCAAUAGAAAAAAAAACAAAAACAAGAUGUGUUACUUUAAUGAGCCAGGCUGUGCUUUGUGCACCAAUGCCCCAUGCCCUGUGCUCCAUGCCCUGUGUACCAUGCCCUGUGCCCUGCAGAGUGCUCUGUGCUGGCUGCACCGUGCCCUGUGCAUCACAUGCUGUGCUCAGUGCACCGUGUGCUACGCAGCCGUGCUCCAUACACCGUGCCCUGUGCACCAAUGCAAUGUGCACGAUCACUGUGCUCUGUGUACCAAUGCACCGUGCACCAGUGCACUGUGCACCGAUGCAUGCAGCUCUGUGCACCCACACACCGUCACCUUGCACUGUGUGCUGCACCAAAGCACCACACGCUGUGCACAUGCUCUUUGCAUUGAUGCUGCACCAUGCACGGCAGCUGUGAGCCAAUGCACCAUGCACAGUGCUCUUUAUAUCACAACACCGUGCACUGUGCAAUGCAUGCUUUGCUCAGUGCUGUCUGCACCAACACCCCAUGCUCUGUGCACCAACACUCUUUGCACGAAUGCACCGUGCUCUGUGCAUAAAGCCCCAUGCACUGUGCACAGGGCUCCGUGCACCAUUACACUGUGCUCUGAGCACCAAUCCACCGUGCACCGUGCAUCGUCCCAUGCACCAACACAGCAAUGCAAUCUGACCCCUCGCACUGCGCAUGCGCUCUGUGCAUCGCCUCGCGCAGUAUCGACUCCCUCCGCACUGCGCAUGCGCUCUGUGCACCGCCUCCCUCCGCACCACGCAUGCGCUCCGUACUGAGCAUGUGCAGUGUGCGCUUUAAACCACCACAGUACGCAUGCGCUCUGGCCACCGCCUCCCUUCGUACUGCGCAUGCGCUCUGGCCACCACCUCCCUUCGCA